GUACGCUGAACUCCCGGAGGGCGUCCGAGACUUGGUAGAUUUGGCAGGAUUCGGGCCCUUCUGCGUCGGGUUGUCACGUUGUCCUGCCAGGAGGACACUGAUGGCAGCCUUGGUAGAGAGAUGGUGGGACACCACCAACUCCUUUCAUUUCUCUGCCACUGGAGACAUGACCAUGACGCCUCUAGACUUCGCUGUGUUGACUGGCUUGGACAUAGGAGGUUGGCCCAUCCCCUAUGAUGAGGAUAUGGGCGAGUGGGAGGCCGCUUGGAUGUAUCUAUUGGGGGCUCGCCCGCCUGUUGACAGGGUUUCUGGGAGAGUCCGAUACACCUGGUUCUCUUCCCACUUCCGACGGACGGAGAUGGUGCCCGAGACUCUUGAGGAGACGGAGCAGUACGCCCGCGGUUUCCUUAUGUUCCUCUUCGGGACUACUCUGUUCGCCGAUAGAGGGAACACCGUCGGGCUAUACCUGCUGAGUGCUCUGGUUGACCUAUCACAGGUCCAUCGAUAUGACUGGGGUGGCGCCGGCCUGGCUACCCUUUACUUUUAUAUGAGCGCGACCUCCCGCGGGCGGGGAGAUUUACUUGGCGGCUACUGGAGAGCCUGGGAGGUACUUUCUGUCCCCUUGAUUUACAUUUCUGCUCUUCAUUACUUGUACAUUGCACACACAGCGCACUUUUACAGCCUGUAUUUUGCUCUCAGCAUUUCGUACUUACAUUCUGCACUGCUUUUCUCAGCUAUGGGUCUAUGUAUACUUCCCAGCAUUAGGCCCAGAGUUGGAGGUGGCAGGGCUUCCCAUGACCCCAUACUCACUAGUGUUCGAGGGCCCGCACAGGCCGAGACCCCGAGAGACCCUCAUUUACUUGCGACAGUAUUUUGACACUGUGCGGCAUUCGGAGAUCUCAUGGCAGCCUUGGGCGUCCCUGGGUGAUGGUCUCCGACUUCAGUAUACCGGAGGGUCGGACAUCUCCCAGUAUAGGGUCCUGCUCGAAGGGCCGGUUGGCAGGGCAUGGUUCCUGGGGGAACGCUUUCUGCGUCAGGUAUGGGGGUAUCUUUCUCAGGAUCCUCCCGCAGUACCCCCAGCCAGUAUGCGGACUGCUGACAGGCUCUCUUACUCGGAGGUAGUCGGCGCCAUGCUGGGCAGCGAUGCUUUGCUA